AUGUCGGCCAGUGAAGGCAGCUCAACUCGUCCCUUUACAGAUCUUGAACAAGAGCAUCGGAAACGCUUUCAUGGCUGCGAUGAAUGCCAAGGAGUAGUUACGCCAUUGCAUGAGCAGCCAAAGAUUGGAACCGAAUUGGCCCGGAGGGCGGUAACAACGCCGGCCGAGCUUGAAGUGGACGAGUUAGUCGAUGCUUUCAACAGAGCGUCAGUCGAGUCAUUGCCCGACGCUCGUCUUGUUAUCGCCAGGCCUCCGCUGCAAAAUGCUGGUCCAUUUGAAUCUGCCGGGAUCAAGCUCCCCCAUACCGUCGGCGGUUGGGACGUGAUAGUGGUUGAGCAACGAAUGACUGACGCCGAUUUUCUUAUAUCCCUCCCUUUCUAUGAUCCUCCUCAGCAAAAUCCCUCUCCACGAAUCAUCAGAAACAGACUACGGUGUCGUAUAUGCUAUCAUCCAAAGAGUGACCAUUGUCAGCUAAUUAAUGAGGCGUACAUGGAUAUCUACGUAACAAAAUUGCCCCUCUCGGGCGACGUGCCACAAGAGAGCCGAGAACGCCUCUAUUACACAGACAGCCGUCUUCUCUCGCCUGGAAUCUGGAGGAUCACUGCUGCUGGAAGAGAGGACCAACAUCUCGUGGAUUUUCUACUUCUGCAAAGGCAAUUCGUCGCCUACCCAAUCUCGUUUUCGAACAAGCGCCCAUUGGACCAAGUUGCAUCGUCUGACAGCCAAAAGAGACGGGGAGACGUUGAAAUGCAAUUUGUCCUUGUGCCUCAUGCCGGUGCCGGGAAGCCCUCUCCGGAACCUGCUCCGGUGAAAUCAACACCUUCCCCGCACGCGGGGAUUAUUCAGUCUGGCCAGGCGUCCCUUCUUGAGCUCUGUAGGGGAAAUUCGCUAGUUAUCCAGGACCUGCACGGCCCCAAGGAUUCCCCAGAGAAUAUGAACACGAGCUCUUACCAAGUCCAAUAUCGUUGGAAAAUUGACGAGACCGUCGGCUCGAAAGUAUUUGCCUGUCAUCACUCGGCCCUGCCUGGUGAUGUUGUUGCCAAGGCACUCGAUUACACAAACAAGGCCGCCGGUGGGCCAUCAUUAUACGACUGCGUGAGACAUUGGAAGGAGGAAAGAGAUGUGCUAGUUGGACUUGACCACGUAAGUGCUGUCUCCAAUAUUGUAGCAGUACCUCGGCCUCUAAUUUGCGCUUGUCAGCCCAACAUCAUCAAGAUUAAAUCUUACGACGGCCGUCUCCUCGUGAUAUACCUAGAGCAUCUACCACUUUCUUUACAUCGGCAGACGCCAGUGUCUCCUGCAGUGGCUCUUGCUAUUCUCGUUGAUAUAUCGUCCGCCUUGAGAUAUCUCGAAGGAAAAGACGUUGUUCAUAAUGAUGUUAAACCCGCUAAUAUUGCGUAUUCUCCCGAGCGUGGUGGUGUGCUUUUUGACUUUGGAAUGGCUACCACCAAUGCUAGGAAGCAAGCACGUGGCGGUACUUCGUUAUUUCUUCCUCCCGAAUACUUGCAUGUUCAAAAUGAGAAAAGACGCGGCGCCCCGGGAGACAUUUGGGCACUGGGCCUUACAAUGCUGUUCUCCAUUGGGAAGAUCAAGUAUCCCAAGAAGAGUGAGCGGGUUGCAAAUCUGGCCAACCUAGCUGUGAGGGAAAGUGAUGACUUUAUGAGACUUGAAGCUUGGCAUGCAGAGAUUGACCUUGUCAGGAAACUCCUAAGCGAACAAGACGACGUGGAGAAGAUGAUUUAUAGAAUGUUGGACAGUAAUGUCACUACGCGAGUUACGGCCGCAGAGAUAUUUGCUGCACUCGGACAACAGAGGAGAAAUUUGGCUGAGAGACCAAGUACAGGAUAG